AUGAAGAAAGAAAUUUUUGCAUGCAGAAAUUUCAGUCGGCAAUCAUUGACUGUCGAAUCGGCACAUCCAAUGCAUUUAGUUGCUUCCGGCAAAAUACAUCAAACAGGAGCAGAAUCUCAAGAAAAAUUAAUGAAGAAAUUUUCGAUAGCAUCGGAAGAACAACGGGAUGUGUACAGUGCAGCGGUUGCUGAUAAAUUGGAAGAUCAGGAAGUGAAUAAUUUACGAAAGGAACGAAGUUAUGAAAGAGAAAAUAACAAAGAGAAAUAA